AUGGCUGGUAUGCUAUCUUUUGUGUCAGGUUCGGCGUCCAAGCCCAAGACUCAGGCUACCGCCGCUACGACUGUAGCCCUCGAAGCGCUGCCUGUUCAAGACAUUGAGGCUGACCAAGAACGCCGAGGUCGUUCGCUGAAGCAUCUGCUCAAAGCGAAUCACAUCAACUAUUCCGUCGUCUACUACAAGGACUUGCAGCUAAACAAUGUCAACUCUCACAGCUUGACCACCGCAUAUAUUCUCGGCGGCAACGAGAAUCACCUCGAUACCAUCUACAAUGACCACAUCAGGAUCCUGGACCCAUGGACGCCGUCCCCCGCCGAGGUCAUAGACGAAGACUGGAGGGACUUUUUGGGCGACCGCAAUUACCAGCGUGCUUUUCUCGAUUUUUACGAAGACAAGCUUGCCUUUAGUUUUGCGUACGAUUGGAAGCAAGAAAUAAAACAUGUCCUUACAGACGGCGAUGAGCCUCUAAUAAACUGUCUCAUUGGCGCGUUUGGCCAUCCCCUCACUCAUCUAGCGCUGGCCUUUGAGAUCAACAGCAGAGCGCUUGCCAUGGAAGGUCUGAGUCUUGCUUCCAUUCACUACAAUGAGCUGCAUAAGUAUCUCGACAACCCCAGCUACACCAAACCCUCAACGUUGCCGUCGUUGUCUUUGCAGGAGCUCAUUUCGAGGCUUGCGAAUGAUGAGAGACUGGAAGGAGUCGUGACUCAAGACAAGCACAGCCAUCUUGAAUCAGUUCUUUUGCAACACGAAGACCUGAUUCUAGACUACUGGAAUGCCUGGCAAAUCGUCGACGCGACGAAGCAGUUCCAAGACCUCCAAGAAGCUGCAGUUGCUCUGUUUGUAACGUCACGAACCAAGUCUUUCCACCUUUAUGCUGCUCAAGUCUUAACUGCCAGCAACUCAAUACGCAUCCUUCUCCCGUAUAUUCCUGCCGAAUACCAUGUUUCACUGCUACGGCAAUGGUGGUUGUUGGCUAUCGCUGUUUGCUUGCUAACUGGACGGCCCGAGCCGAGUUCAGCCAAUCUUGUGAAGGAUGCAGGCGGCCGAGGCUGGAAGCACGUUGUCGACAAGGCAAUCAAUGGCCCUUACCUAGCAGAUGCCAGCUAUCUUAAAGCCGUUCGCGCCAUGAAGGAAGCAGCCACGACGUGGGGUGAUGCAGAUGAGCUAUACCUACGCUCCGCUCUCACUUUUGUAGAUAAUUUUACAGAAUGGGCGGAUUGA